AUGGCUUUAAAAGCGAAAUCAACAUCUAGCCAGCCUGACGAGCGGACACCACUGGUGGCUGGGCGGAGCAGGACGAGCAGCACUGCAUCGUCGACCUCGGAAUCCCAAUCUCUUCUCUCCGCAGAAGCCAUCUCUCAGGAUGCCUCACAAGCACCCGUACCGUGGUUCAGGAUCCUCAUCCCUCGUUUCUCUUUGCGGUCGUCCCACAAAACGGGUACGGAUGAGGAACAGCAACCGCAGCCCGAUGCACCAUCAAAAUUCUCAAAGGCUUUCGUUCUCAGGGUUGUGACAGUCUUGAUCAUUGGGAACCUGAUCGCCAAUGCGGAUGCAUCCCUUGUUCUUGCAACGCAUCCUACUAUCGCGUCAGAGUUCAACGACUUGGAAGAUUCGGCAUGGCUGUUCACUGCCUUUACGCUGGCGGGCUGUGCCACGCAAAGCAUCUUUGCGGAACUAAGUGACAUAUAUGGAAGGCAAGCGUUGCUAGUAGUGGCGUAUUUCACCUUGGCUCUCGGAUGCUUUGUUGUGGGAAUUGGAUCUUCGAUGGGGCAAGUCAUUCUAGGGAGAGUUGUAUCAGGAAGUGGAGGUGCUGGUAUGGGCGUGCUCUCAAUGCUGCUUGUCACGGAUCUUGUGCCUCUGCGAGAUAUCGCGGCGUGGCAAGCCGGCAUGAAUCUUUUGGCAACCCUCGGCCGAAGCCUUGGUGGCCCCGUCGGAGGGUGGCUUGCAGAUACUAUCGGUUGGCGGUGGUCAUUUCUCGGCCAAGCCCCAAUAUUCUUACUGACUUUGGUUUUGAGUGUCAUUCUCAUACCAUCUCACAUAGGCCGACGCAACCGCACUGUUGAAGUGCCACCUACGUUGGCCGCGGAUUCGUUACCUGAACAGAGCGGUACGAGUCAGCAACAAAGCAAGCUCUCUUUACUAGCAAGAGUCGACUGGACCGGCUCAGUCUUGCUAUCGCUGGUUAUCCUGACUCUGCUUCUUCCAAUUGAAGUUGGCGGCACCAAGAUCCCCUGGACUCACCCGUUGAUGUUCAUCCUCCUCGGCUCAAGCGUUCUACUUGCCGGACUAUUCUCGAUCAACGAGAGUCGUUGGGCCAGGCAUCCCGUUUUCCCCAUUUCUCUUCUCACAGAUCAAACCGUUGUCCUGUCAUACCUCAUUGCAGGGUCACAGACUGCUGCGCAACUUGGCCUGAUGUAUUCCGUCCCACUCUAUUUUCAGAUCACACAAGGAGUCUCGAAUACUGCAGCUGGAGCGUACUUGUUUCCUGGCGUUGCUGGCAAUGCAAUCGGCGGUAUUCUGUCGGGGAUCAUCAUCAAAAAAACGGGUCAAUACAAGACGACUAUGAUCUUGGGGGCUCUCGCCUCAUCUAUUGCGUAUCUUGUACUUCUGGUCCGAUGGCAUGGCCACACCAAUGCCUGGGAGGCGCUCUUUAUCUUGCCUGGCGGUUUUGGACUUGGUAUGGUAGCAUCUGCCACAUUUAUCAGCGUCCAGGCCGCCGUGAGCCGCUCCACCAAGGCUGCCGCCACAUCGGGCAUGUACCUUAUGAUGUCCAUCGGCAUGAUCAUCGGCCUUGCGGGAGUUGGAGCCGUAGUGACCGAAGUCAUGACAACUUCUCUGGCAUCACGGCUUGCUGAGAUGGGCCUCGACGAGAAUACGAGACAGGAGAUUGUCCGAAAAGCAGCGUCAACAGUGGACUACAUCCGGCACACAGACCCUACGAUCUCCAAAGAGAUCGUCGCCGCUUACGUCAAAGGCUUGUCGUAUGGCCAUGCUCUCUCUUUGGGUCUCUCUGUGUUCGCCCUGUUGGCUUCUUUUGUUCCCGGCAUUUGCAUCAUCGCCACAACAAUUCAUCAACACUUCACAGACAUGGCAGGCGAGGGUAGGAGAAUGGAUCCUCGCUGGCCUAACGGGGCCAGAGCGGCCAUCAGCUUCACCAUGGACAAUCUAGGCGAGGCGCAAGACGUCAACAAGGGAGUGUGGCCGGCGGACCAGCCAGUCGGAAACCACUUCUCGGUCCGGGAAAAUCUGCCCCGCAUGCUGGAUAUGCUGGACAAGCACGGCAUCAAGGCGACCUAUUUUGCCGAGUCCUGGAGCCUCGAUGUCUACCCGCAGGUUAUCAAAGAACUCCAGACCCGGGGACACGAAGUGGCCUGGCACGGCUUCCAGCACGAGGUGUGGAGCAGUCUCUCGCAAGCCGACGAGGAGCUCAACUUCAAGAAGAGCUGGGCUAAAGCGUCGGAAGCCGGCAUCCAGUACAAGGGCUUCAGGCCGCCCGGAGGCUCGAUCAACGAUAGGACAUAUGGCCUGUUCCAGCAGUACGGCAUCAAGUACGUGUCUCCUCUCGACAAAGGAGCAAGCAAGGUGCGCGGGGUCACGGUCUUGCCAUUUGACUGGAGGGAGGUUGAUGCAUUCUACUACAUGGAGAAGUUUGCAUCUAUCAGAAAGAAUUAUGGGGAGUCGGAGGCUCCAUUGUCUCCGAGGGCCUUCCGGGAUCAUCUACUAGCUGAGAUGAAGUCAUUGGUCGAAGCUGGCGGAUACAUGUCCAUUCUCUUUCACCCUUUCUUGCAAACAUCUGAGGAAAAGUUUGCAGUUCUUGAGGAGGUCCUGGGAUAUCUGUCCAAGCAAAAGGGGAUCUGGUGUGCACCCUGUGAGCAAGUAGAGGAAUGGCUGGCCGAUCACCCGGAGUCGAUGAAGACCGAGAAAUAA